AGAGGAGUCAGUCGGUGACUUUGUAUCCACGCAUUCCUGCCAUUCCUAUACACAGCUGGGCCAGCCUCACCGGACUGGGAGUGGAGGCUCACACUCCUUCUCACGCCAAACCUGUCUUUCGGUUCUGAAGAUCCAGCUGUGACCCGAACAAAAACUAGGAGGAGAUUGGAAUCUACAGAGGAGCAACUGCUAGAAAAUGAUGGACAACCUGAUUAACACGGAGAUCAACGCUCAGAGGAUCGCCACAGUUGAGAGUUGCUUCGGGACGUCGGGUCAGCCGCUCGCUAUGCCGGGGCGAGUUCUUGUGGGAGAAGGAGUAUUGACCAAAGAAUGUCGGAAGAAGCCAAAGCCAAGAAUUUUCUUCCUCUUCAGUGACAUCCUCGUGUACGGGAAUAUCGUGAUCAGCAAGAUCCGCUACAACUCCCAACACAUCAUCCCUCUUGAAGACGUCACCAUAGAGGUCCUCCCUGACGCCGAGAACAUGAGGAACCGAUGGAUGAUUAAGACCUCCAAGAAGUCGUUUGUGGUGUCUGCGGCCUCCCACACCGAACGGAACGAAUGGAUCGGUCACAUCAAUGAGUGCAUCGGUCAGAUUCUGGAGAAGACUGGGCGAAAGCCUCCAAACGCUCACGCCCCGGCCUGGAUACCGGACACCGCCACAGAUAUAUGCAUGCGCUGUACGCAGACUAAAUUUACAGCGUUAACCCGUAGGCAUCAUUGCCGUCAAUGUGGCUUUGUGGUGUGCCAGGAGUGCUCUAAGUACAAGUUCUUGUUACCCGACAUAGCCUCCAAGCCGCAGAGAGUCUGUCUCCUGUGCUACAAAAAACUCACAUCUAAGAAUUUAUCCCACGGAGACGAAGACAGAAAAUCCUUUUCUCACCAGUUUCACUCUCAGGUGCCUCAGUAUGACCCAUCCAGCGAAGAUGAGAGCGAAGAGGAAGAAAAGACUCAGGGGUGGCCUUCGAGUAAAGACUUCUGUGGGGAAUCGUGGUAUGAUUUUCACGCCUGAUGGGUGCCCUUUUAUUUUCUCCGUCAAAGCACCGGCAUCACCUUCUGUUUGCUUCU